AUGAAUCUUUAUUAUUUGCUUCCCCAUAGAAUUUCAUAUGAUCCCACAAGAUACCCUAAAUACAUUCCUGAAGCAUACUGUCUGUGCAAAGGCUGCCUCAUGGGCAUCUUUGGUGAGGAGAAUUUUCACUUCCGCAGCACCCCUGUGUACAUGCCAACAGUCAUCCUCCGUCGCACGUCGUCGUGUGCUGGGGGCCGUUACGUCUACACAGAAGAUUACGUCACUAUCCCUGUGGGCUGCACUUGUGUACCUGAGCAAGAAAAAGAGGCUGAAAGUGUAAAUUCCAGCAUAGAUAAGCAAGAAAUGAAGUUGCUGGUAAGCCAGAACAAGCCAUCAUCAGAAUGA